CUUUCACCCUGGCAACCGCGGCGCGACGGCGGCGCGCGCGGGCUGGGCGCGGACGGGUGGGGCCGGGCGGUGCCCGUGCGGGCUGGGUCGGUGCGUGAGUAGCAGUCUUGGGGUGUGCGACUUCGCUGCGCCUCCUCGCACGGUUGGUCGUCGCGGGUUCGGGCCCAGCGGGCUUAGCCCCUCGCCAUGGACUCCCAGAAAGAAGCUCUACAAAGGAUCAUUUCAACUCUGGCAAAUAAAAAUGAUGAAAUUCAGAACUUUAUUGAUACACUAAAUCAUACACUAAAAGGAGUUCAGGAAAAUUCAUCUAACAUACUCUCAGAGUUAGAUGAAGAAUUUGAUAGUUUAUACUCUAUACUGGAUGAAGUGAAAGAAAGCAUGGUUAACAGUAUCAAGCAGGAACAAGCUCGUAAAUCCCAAGAGUUACAGAGUCAGAUUAGUCAAUGUAAUAAUGCCCUGGAGAACUCUGAAGAACUACUAGAAUUUGCAACAAGGUCGUUAGAUAUAAAGGAACCUGAAGAAUUUUCAAAGGCUGCCAGACAGAUCAAGGAUAGAGUCACAAUGGCUUCAGCCUUUCGCCUUUCUUUGAAACCAAAGGUCAGUGACAACAUGACUCAUUUAAUGGUGGAUUUCUCACAGGAAAGACAAAUGCUGCAAACUUUGAAGUUUUUGCCAGUCCCCAAAGCUCCAGAGAUAGAUCCAGUAGAGUGUUUGGUGGCAGAUAACUCUGUAACAGUAGCUUGGAGAAUGCCAGAAGAAGAUAAUAAGAUUGACCAUUUUAUACUGGAACAUAGGAAGACUAAUUUUGAUGGACUUCCACGUGUAAAGGAUGAGCGAUGCUGGGAGAUAAUUGAUAAUAUUAAGGGUACUGAGUAUACACUAUCAGGCUUAAAAUUUGAUUCAAAGUAUAUGAAUUUCAGAGUUCGAGCUUGUAACAAGGCUGUGGCUGGAGAGUAUUCUGAUCCAGUGACUCUAGAGACCAAAGCACUUAACUUCAAUUUGGAUAACUCUUCAUCCCAUUUGAACUUGAAAGUUGAAGAUACCUGUGUAGAGUGGGAUCCUACUGGAGGAAAAGGCCAAGAAAGUAAAAUUAAAGGAAAAGAGAACAAGGGCAGUGUCCAUGUUACUUCACUGAAGAAACAUACAAGAAGUGGUACACCAUCCCCAAAACGAACAUCUGUAGGCUCCAGGCCACCAGCAGUAAGAGGCAGUAGAGAUCGUUUUACUGGAGAAUCAUACACAGUGCUGGGAGACACUGCUAUUGAAAGUGGACAACAUUAUUGGGAAGUCAAGGCCCAGAAGGAUUGUAAAUCCUACAGUGUAGGAGUAGCAUACAAAACGUUGGGGAAAUUUGACCAGUUGGGAAAGACAAACACUAGUUGGUGUAUCCAUGUCAACAACUGGCUACAAAACACAUUUGCAGCAAAGCAUAAUAAUAAAGUCAAAGCUUUGGAUGUUACCGUUCCUGAAAAAAUAGGUGUAUUUUGUGAUUUUGAUGGGGGUCAACUUUCAUUCUAUGAUGCAAACUCGAAACAGUUGCUAUAUUCCUUUAAGACAAAAUUUACUCAGCCACUACUACCUGGUUUCAUGGUAUGGUGUGGUGGACUUUCUUUGAGUACUGGGAUGCAGGUUCCAAGUGCUGUGAGAACACUUCAGAAAAGUGAAAAUGGAAUGACUGGUUCAGCUAGCAGCCUGAACAAUGUUGUUACUCAGUAAUGUCUAAUCAGAAUACGUUUACCCUCCCACUUGAUUGGGUGGCCUUUUCUGUGCAGUUACUAAUCACAGGAAUUUGUGAGUAGUGAAAAUCAGGUUUGCUGUGUUCUGCUUUGAGGCCUGGAAUUUGUUAUCAUUAAACACCAAGUAUGAAGCAUUUGCAGGAACCUGCUGUGCAGUAUCAUAGAAGCAAGCAGAUACCAAGCAAGAAGCUGAGGAUUGAAGAGUAAAUGGAGGGAAGGGCAGUGUUUAAUUACCAUAAAAAGUCAUUUUUAUAUUUCUUGGAUUACUUUGACUGUUCUAAUAUGUUUAAUUACAUAUGGCAACCCUAAGUCCUGGGGAGAAAAGCUUUUACGUCAUGCCUUCUUUCUUCUGUA